AUGGCUACUAGAGUAAAAGUCCCAAGGUCUGGCUUUCGCAGCACGUCUUUCUGUCAGUCCAAUGUCAACGAACCUGAUCCAAACGGAGAUGUGACUCUGGUUGUUUCCCCCCCAGCAUAUUUACCUCGGUAUAAACAGAAGAUCAUUCCAUUUGGGUCCAUAUCGACUUCCCCGAAUGUUACUACUCCGUCGACUGAAUCAACUGAGUCGGAGCCAUUAAAGUCGCGGUUCCGGGUCUCUUCAAAACAACUCAUGUUGGCCUCAGCAUACUUCGAAAAGAUGCUCACUCCCCGAUGGCGGGAAGGUCAAGAACUCGGCGCCAAUGGCUCAAUGGAACUGAAUAUCACUGAUACCGAUCCAAAUACAUUCUUGAUAAUAUUGAAUAUUAUUCAUUGCCGCAUGGCACGGGUUCCUCGCGUUGUGAGUUUUGAUACGUUGACUGAGCUGGCUGUCUUAGCCGACUACUUCCAAUGCCAUGAAGCUCUUGAGCCUUAUCCAUCGAUAUGGCUUGAACGGUUGAAAAAUAAUGUUCCUACUAUGUAUUGUGACGAGCUUGUGAAGUGGAUUUUUGUUUCUUGGGUGUUUAAUUAUGAUGAUAUCUUUACAAAGGUGACACGGAUCGCACAACGUCAGGCGACUGGUGACAUCCAUCUCUUUAAUUUGCCCAUACCAGAGUCCAUCUAUGGCGCAAUCAACAAUGCCCGAAGAACCGCCUUGUCCGCGACUCUCGCUGCCCUCAAACGGCGUCGAGAUUAUCUGGAAAAUAACGAUCAACCAGCAUGCUGUGCUGAUUGUGAUUCAUUAUACCUGGGAACUCUCAUCAGAUUAAUGAAAUCCUACCGUCUCAAUAUAGGACCGCCAUACUGGUUCCUCUCUGUCGAAGCUGCUGCUGAGCGGGUAUCAAAUUUCCGGCAACCACCUGACAUUCACGUACGAAAACCUGGACCUGUGGCAUUCGGUACAUCAUCCCAGACUAAUUUAAAGCUCCUCGGUGAAAGCACGAAACAGGAAAUUGAAAAGGCUAUCUCAGUGCUCCAGGGUCUUGAUUUGAGUUGA